GAAGAACAGAGCAGCUCUGAAUCAGGUGAUGAUCUGUAGCUUGUGUCUUAGUGUUUGCUGUCAUUCCUCUACAGCGACAGUGUGUGUGGAUGUGAAGAUGGAGCUGACUUUGCUCUGUGUACUGUCAUUAUUCUUGCUAAAUACAAACGUUUACGGAAAUGAUGCUGUUUCCUAUAGAGUCUCUGUGACCAAACAACCCAGCUGGACUCAGACGUUCAGUGGUGAGAGCAUCACUCUCACAUGUGAGAUCGAUGGAGUUUCCUAUAGAGUCUCUGUGACCAAACAACCCAGCUGGACUCAGACGUUCAGUGGUGAGAGAAUCACUCUCACAUGUGAGAUCCAUGGAGGUGGAGACGCUCAGUGGGAGUAUGAAUGGAGAACAAGCAGCUCAAACCAACCUGAUGAUAAAACUGGUAAAGUGUUGAUGAUCAGAGCUGAUGAGUCUCACAGUGGAGACUACUACUGCAUGGGCAGAAGAAACCAUGAGUCAACACAGUGGAGUGAUGUCAUCACACUGACAGUAACAUCAGAACCACCCAAACCCAGACUGACUGCAGGUCCAUCAACCAUAUCAGUAGGAGGCAGCGUGACACUGAGCUGCUCUGUGGACGGUUCUGAUGGAUGGAAAUAUGAGUGGUUCAGAUGGACGUCAAACAGAUGGACACCAGCAGCUGAUGGAGACAACAGAGAAAUCAGAGUCACACGAGGAGGAAAAUACACAUGCGUAGGAAGAAGAGGAGAACCAGCUGUUUACACUUAUAACAGUGAUGAUGUCACCAUCGAGAUAACUUAUUCUAAUUCUGCGUCUGUGAGUCUGCAACUGGACUGGACUCAGGUGAUCAGAGGUCAGAUCACUGUUAGAUGUGAGAUCCAGGGAGGUGGAGACACUCAGUGGGUUUAUGACUGGGAAACAACCAGUGGACAAACAAUCACACAUAGAACAGACACUAAUUACUGGACAGUGUCUGCGUUCAGCAGUGGAGGCUACAGGUGCAGAGGAACAAACAGACAGGACCCAUAUUCUUCAACACGGUGGAGUGAAGCUGCUGCACUGACAGUAUCAGCUGCUGUGUUGACCCUUGACCCCAGCAGGUCCAGGUAUUUUACCGGAGAGUCUGUGACCUUCACAUGUGACAUGAAGGACGGCAAACACACUGAGUGGGAAACCAGACUCAUCAAAGAUGGAGUAGAAAUAGCUUCAUAUAGUGGAUACAGAAUAAAAGCUCUGUCUACAGGAGACAGUGGUAGAUACCAGUGUUUUAGAGUCCACAGGAAAACAAACCACAUAAAAACCAGUGGAACCAUUGAUUUAACUGUAUCAGGUGAGUCAUCGUUGACUUGAUGAGCAUUUUCCAGUUGUCAGUUUGGUCUAAGGUUCAAACAAGGUGGUUGUGACUCUUCAUCCCAACUGGACUCAGUUGUUCAGUGGAGACACGAUCGCUGUCAAAUGUGAGAUGGACGACAGAGGAGACACUGAAUGGAAAUAUGAUGAUAUGAUUGUUGUGUAUGUGUUGUUAAAUGUGUUGUUGUUCAGAUGUUGAUCCGUCAGCGUCUCUCACAGUGAGUCCUGACACAGUUCAACACUUCACCCGUGACUCCGUGUCACUGAGCUGUGAGGGAAACUCUGCUGAGUGGAGAGUCAGGAGGUUUCCUGAAGGAGGCUUCCUGUCAUCCUGCUCCUACUGGACAACAUCUGGAUCCAGAUGCGACAUCAUCACAUCACAGUCUGGUUCUGCAGUGUUCUGGUGUGAGUCUGGAUCAGGACACUUCAGUAACUCAGUCAACAUCACUGUUCAUGAUGCAGGUUUGAUCCUGAUGAGUCCUGUCCGUCCUGUGACUGAGGGACUCUCUGUGAGUCUGAGCUGUAAGUUGAAGACAGGACAAAAAGCUUCCAGUGUGUUUUUCUAUCACAAUGAGCAACUGAUCCAAAACAACAGCAGAGUAGAGCUGAACAUCUCUGCAGUGUCAAAGUCACAUGAAGGUUUCUACAAGUGUUGGUACCAAGGAACAGAGUCUCCACAGAGCUGGAUGGCAGUGAACGGAUUCUCUCCUGAAGCUCCAUCAUUUUCUGCCUCCUUUACUGUUGGACUGGUUGUUAGACUUUCAGUGAUUGUUUUCCUGCAGCUGCUGCUGUUGUGUGUUUGGAGAAACAUGAAAGGUGAGACUCUGUAAAUUCUGUCUAAGACUUGAUGAAGCUCUGGAGCAGUUUGAGUAUAAAUCUACAUAAUAACUCUACAGUCUCCUCUCUUGUUUUAGCUGUAACAAUAAUUUCCAUUUUCACAGCACACAGAAGUGUGAGCACUGAUCAAAGCUCUGCUACACAGCAAACAGUCAACCAGCUUGAACCUCAGCUUUACUCCUCUCUGCUCCACGGUGAUGUUUGUGUCUAUGAAUCAGUCGGAGGCUCUUGAAACAAUGAUGGUGGUACAGUAUAAUAUUUGAUUAAUGCAGAGAUUAUAUGACACUGAAAAAGAUGUGACUUGAUGAUUUCAGAGGAACCAACAGAUGAACCCAGUAAAACCACAGUGCUGCUUCAUAGUCAAUGUCCUGACAAGAUAAAUACACAAAAGCUGCACCUAAUGAUAGAUCAUAGUAAUAAUUGGUUUACAGCUGUGGAAGCCUUUAAUAAACUUUAGCAUCUUUACAGGGACACAUGAUGAUACAGAGGAAGAUCAUGAUUACAACAACGUGGAUCCAAAUGCAGCCACAGGUACAAAUAUAAUCUUCACAGUAGUUUAGCAAUAAUGUUAAUACUCAGUGUGUUUAUAGUAAAAUGCAUUUAGAGGUGAGUGUUUGUAGUUUAUAACAAGUCAGAACCACAAAUAAUGUUGAUGUCUGUGAUCACAUCACAGCUGAGUUCAGGAGGUGUGAUACAGAAAUAAACUAAUUAUUAAUACAGAAAAGAAAAAAACUGUUGACUUGAACAUUAAGACACUGUCAGUGACAUUAUUAUCUUAUCAUCUGCCACCUGCAGCAGAUUAACUGGUUUCCACUGACUCUUCAGUGCUUUGACCCUUGGUGCAUCUAAGUUAUGUUUAAUGUCCAUCCAUCCAUUUUCUAAACCGCUUACUCCCUAGUGCGGGGUCGCGGGGUGCUAGAGCCAAUCCCAGCUGGCUAUGGGCGAGAGGCAGGGUACACCCUGGACAGGUCGCCAGUCCAUCGCAGGGCAACACAUAGACAGACAACCAUUCACUCACACACUCACACCUACGGGCAAUGGAGAGAAGCCAAUCAACCUAAUGCACGUCUUUGGACUGUGGGAGGAGAACCCGGAGAGAACCCACGCAAACACGGGGAGAACGUGCAAACUCCACACAGAAAGGCACCAGAGCCGCCGGGAAUCGAACCCAGAACCUUCUUGCUGUGAGGCGACAGUGCUACCCACCGUACCAUCGUGCCGCCGAUGUUUAAUGUCAUUUUGUCAUUUUAUACAGAUUCAUAAAGAAAAGUUGAUCAGAACAAGAACCACAAGUGUUCUGUUAACAACAUGCUGAGACUGUUUACAGCAUUUAUAAAGUUACUGUUUUCAUCAGAGCAGUGUUAAACAGGUGAUAAUAUAUAGAAUAAUACGAUGUGACACAUGUAGAAGAUCCAGUAGUAGCUGAAAGUCGUCAAAAGAAACCAGCUUCACUAAAAACAGCCAAAGCUUCAGAACUCAGAUUUAGCUUUGUCUGUGGCUGCAACAACAAAUCCAUGUCAUCAUCAACAAUAAUGGGUGACAGAAAUAAUGGAUAACGGAUGUAGCAGCGGUAACAAACACUGUGCAGCCAUCCUGUGAAGACGCUUCAUUUAUGCUGCUGUGUAAAAAGUUACUUUCUUACCUCAGUUGUUCCGCAGCGACUUGCGAGCGUGAGACGGCUCCGCAAUCGCUACUUAGUCAUUAACGGCGUCACCAUAGAUUAAGUCAACAACCGUGCAGACACUACAUGUAAAAGCAGCAAAUAACAGCAGCUUUAACACAUGAGGAUGUGUUUUUAGUGGUUGUGGCCCCAGAGCCAGAAGGAGCCGGGGGUCUUUGGUGUUUCCAUGGUAACAAAAUAAUGGCUGGCUGCAGCCCCAGCUUUAUCAUUUCAUGUGUCAUAAUAUAAUGUAUGUUUGCUCUUAAUAUUGUUGAAGUGUGAUUCGUUAUGUUUAUUUCAGUAUAGUCUGAAACAUUAUUAUGUUCAGCACAUUAAUGUUAAAGUUCAUCGCCUGGUGGAUCGAAGUUACUUUAGAUGCUUUUUUUUUCUUUGUUAAUUUUAGAUUUGGACUGUUGACAAAUAUAUUUUAGAUUUACUGGAUAAUGUUACGUAUGUUAAUGAUGUUAAUUGAAGCAUGGCAUGUGAUCUGACUGAGUGGCUCUGUAAAUAACCUACACACAAGCAGUGAAGUAAACACCAUAUAAAAUAUAUGAUGCAGUUUCAAACACAUUUUUAAUCUAUUGAUAUGAAUACUUUCUAUGUAAUUCUCCUCAUUGUGGUCGCUGAGUGACUGAGUGACUGGUUUGUGUUUCCUCACUCUGUUCAAACCAGAAAACUCCACACCGUCUCCUGCCUCAGGACCUAUCAACAUUUACUAGUGACUCACUGAGCUUUUCUAUUUGUCAUUAUUAUUUACAAGUCGACCAUUUAAUCAAAUUAUAUGGAGACAAUGAGGAGGAAGAUGCCAAAGACGUCUUGUUCUCAUCCGGUGUUGUGAUAUUUGACCUUGGUUUCUCUUGCUUGGAUACUUUGUCUUUUUAUCUCUGUACAUUCUGUAUUGGCCUUUUAACCAUCAGCGGAGAGAAGCCAACAGUGGGUUUAUGGGUUAUUGUAUGAUUGUGAUGCAUGUUUUAUUUUGCUGUUAACGUUAUCGCUGAGCGUGUAUCAGAACCAUCCCUGCUUUAGUCCUGCUUGAACUGUGGCUCAUUUUCCACAUCCAAAUCUUCCAUUGAUGUGUGUCAUUAGUGAGGCCUGGUAGCUCAGUGGGAAGGAAAGCUUCCUGGUUCCAGCCCUGCCUCUGACACUUCACACUAGCUCCCCAGGUGUGUGUGUGUGUGUGUGUGUGUGUGUGUGUGGCAGCCCACUGCUGGGUUAAAUGCAGAGGACACGUUUCAUUGUGUGACAAGUGAUGAAUAAAGUUUCAUUAUUGGGUCCA